GCUAUGGCUGGUGAUUGCGGCGUCAUCUGCCAUCUUCAGUGCGAGAUCAGCUCCGUCAGCGUCACGGGUCUCGGUUGCGACGUCGGCGGCAGAGGCGAGCUCUUCCUCCGGUGUCAUGUCCCGGCGGGCGGCGGGAGGGUGAUCCAGAUCGACAGCCGCGGCGCCGAUCAACCGGACGGAUCGGGAGAAACAACGGGCAACGCCGUGUCGUGGCGCGACGUGGCGUCGCUGAGCUGCGACGGCUCGCCGGCGUGCGUGCGCGAGCUCGUGGACCGUGGCACGGUGGUGUUCGAGGUGAGGAGGCGGCGGGGAGGGCGGAGGCGCGCGGUGCUGCUGGGGCGGGCCCUGGGGUCCGAUCUCGUGGCCCGCGCCGAGGUCCCGUGGAGGGGUGCCGCCGGGGACGACGUGGCCGUGGCAGUGGAGCGGCGGGUCGAGCUCGCCGCGCCGAGUAGCCGGCGGGCCCUGGGCGAGGAGGCGCCAGCGUUCCUGUCGGCGAGGAUGAGCGUGCGCGUGUCCGAGACGCCGGUGCCAACCGGACGACGGAGGCGGGCGGCGAGCUCGUCGGAGCAUCCGCACCGCCAGAGCGGCCGCGAGUGGAGCGCCGGCGACGAGGACUUGUUCGCGGCUGUCGCUUGCGCCGCUGACGACGCGUUCGAGUAGCUAUAGGAUAUAGCUAAUAUCCAAGCUGCAGUUCUGAUCGCGUUAAUUUGGGGGAAAAUGCAUGGUGUGUGUUUUCAAUGAACUCGACAGGUUUCAGUUAACCGCAUGCAGUUCUUGAUCGUUGCUACCGUCUCAGAAAUUAUUUACCUGGGAGUGGAUAGGGCAGGUGAAUUCGGGGCGCAUAUGCAUGGGGGGAUAUCUGAAGAACUUCAGAGGAUUUUCCGUUGAGCCAAGUAAAAAACAUGCAUACUAGUACAUUUUUACGAGUAUUUGCACGCGUAUUUGAUUUUGGUAAUGAAAUGAAAAAGAGGACAAUAAGUAAGAUUGAGCUGGAGUAAUUACGAAAAUGGUACUGUAUGUUACUCUGUGUCCUCUCUCCCUGCAGGCAACGCCUCAUGCAUGAACUCUGAACUCUGAAGACUAGUUGAAAUGGUACA